AUGGCUUACUGGUCUGCAGAAAAUGCCACAAAGGCCUACCUCAGCACUUUGAAAAUGGGUCAAAAGUGCAAAGAACCAGAUGUGGCUGAGUUUAUAUCAGCACUAGCUGCAGGAAACAAUGCACAACUGAUGGUUGUGGCAUGUGCUGGUGCAGCAGACUCUACCACUCUAGCAUUGGUUGCUGCUGCUCAUCAAACUGGGGGCCAAGUCAUUUGUGUUGUCCCUGGUCAUGAAGAGCUACGAGCCUCCAAAGUUGCCUUAGGAGUGGCUUCUCAGCAAGUUCAAUUCUUGGUAGGAGAAGCUGAGAAGCUUCUGUUAAAGCAAUGUGACCAGGCAGCAGAUUUCGUGCUCAUUGACUGCAACCUUGAGAACCAUGAAGAGAUUCUUAAAGCAGUUGAAGAGGGUAGGAAGCAAAAUGGCACAGUGGUGGUUGUCGGGUACAAUGCAUUUAGCUGCAGAAAGUCUUGCCUGGCAUGUGGAUCAAAAACACAGCUUCUUCCCAUAGGAGAAGGUUUGCUAGUGACUAGAUUUGGAAUCAGAGAAACAAGUCCAAAGUAUGGAAAAAAAAUGGGAAAGGGCAAAAGCCGUUGGGUUGUGAAGGUAGAUAAAUGCACUGGCGAGGAACAUGUGUUCAGGGUCAGAUCUCCUCAAAGGAAAGUGAUCCAAGCUUAA